AUGAAGGUCUUCAAUCCUUUGUCGUUCGCUCACUGCAUCAGCUUUUCGUCCGCUUCGGUUGCCAUUACUGCCAGUCAGGGUAACUUACCCGAGUUAGAUAAGAGAUUACAACAGUACCUGACAACACCAGUCCCGCCUGACCACAGCCCCUCACGUCCGUGUAGCACCACUCAUCAGCUCGGUAAGAUAAAUGAGUGGCUACAUGGAGUGCGUGUCGGUUUUGUCCCUUCUCGUGUCCCUGUGUCCUGGCGGUGGUGGCGGCAUGCAAGUAGCUCAGUGGAGGCGUUGCGCAGAUUCAGCUCGGGGGACUUGCAGUCCGAGUGCGAUGAAGGCGAGGUGGAUCCGUACACCGGCCGUCCGGCCACUACCAGCCAGCCCAAGCCGCAAAACCAGAGGCCGGCCUCCCAAGCGACUGGCGGCAGCAUGGGCAGCGCAUCAGGCCCGCCGCCGGCACCAUCAAGUGCUGCCGCCGCUGGUGGUGACCUCUCACUGAACUUGCGCGGAGGAUCUCGGGGGAGCGUGACAUCGGUAGCGUCGGUGGGUCGUGGAUACAACCGCGACCGUUGCGUCACACUACUCGCCAUCGACGAUCAGAACACAGAUUGGUCGAAGUACUUUAGGGGACGACGGUUGCCCGGAGAAUGGGAUAUCCGAGUUGAGCAAGCUGAAUUUAGGGAGUUAACUGUGACAGCAAACUCUGAUGGCGCCAACGUCUCCAUGGCUGUUUACCGCGGUGGAACCAAAGUCACACGCUGUUUCAAGAUCGGCCUUGGGUAUUUGGUCACCUACUACAACUUCAGCGACGCCUUGGAAGAGAAAACUUCCCUCUCAUCGAGCAAACUUACUACCAUAAUCAUACCGAUAUGGUGA